GUUUAUGCAAACUCAUCGGAUCCACUUACACUCUGAUAUACUUCGCGUCCGUGCAAUGUUUGAAGAUAUGCAUGAACACGUCAGAUCAAUUUCCUGGUUACUUCCAAGCAAUAUGCUUCCCGCCUAAAGACCACCUUCAUGACACCGCGAUUCGCUUUACAGGGUUUCUGGUACUUCUCUAUGAUUAAAUCUUAAGCACAUCAUAAGAAAUGCUACGACCGUUGAAAUCGGUAUAUAAAGUCUAAGAGAACCAACUUCAUAGCAUUUACUUUCACCACUCUUUUGCUACAAUGAUCCCUCGUUGCUUCGCUCUCGCUGCAGUCGCUCUCUCUUCCAUCCAUUUUGCAGAGGCAUUGCCUGUCUCUUCUCGUGAAUCGCAGUCGCUUGCAGAAUUGCCUACUUCAGUUGACGUUGGGCUACCCACGUCGCUCCCAAUUCCUACGGUGCCAAUUCCAACGGAUGCACCUAUAACAAGUUUGCUGCCCCUUCCGACACUUACAGAUACAGCCGUGCCUGUUUCGCAGCCUUCAGUUCCCAUUUCAGACCCACUCGACGGCACACUAGGCUCAGUAAAAUCCAUUUCUGGCGCGGAUCUUCCUCUGAACCAGGAUCCAGAGGAUAAUCCUGGAGACUCACCGGGCAUUACUGACUUAGUAGGCGGUCUUCUACAGCAAAUUACAGACCUCCUGUCUAGUCUACUGGCAGGCUCGGGUUCAGAUAAGCCUGUUGACAUUCAUAGUCAUACCGAGGAUGGUGUAGAUCUAGGAGGGCUUGGAGGUCUUGGUGGUCAUAACGGAGGUAACUUGAACCUUUAAGUCAUUAGGCUUUUCAAUGCGAAUACCGCUUGUCUUUCUUGGAACAGUUCGUGCAUAGUUCGAAAUAAUCUCAAUCUAGUAAUUUAUUUGCGC